GUCUCGCGAGAGUUGGCCGGUGAGGGCUGCCCCCCUCCCCCCCCCGCCUCACACACACCGCCCCGAUCGGACGCGGAGCCGUUUCGCUUUGGGAAGUGAGCGGGGGGCGGCGGGGCGGGACGGACGGGACGGGGCGGACGGGGGAGGGUGGCGGCGGUGGCGGCGGUGCCCGGUGAGGCCCUUCCGGCUGAGGGACCCGCGCGGCGGCCCGCGGGGCCCGGGCGCCCGGUGCUGAGGGAGCGGGGAGGGAUCGCGGGCCCAGGCCCCGCCUUCCCGGGGCGCCCCCGCCGCGGCGCUGCCCUCCGGGCCUGGGCCCCUCGGGUGAGGCCGGUGCCCUUCCCCUUUCCCUCCCGGUUCUUCCCUCCCGCCUUCCGCCUCUCCCGGGGCCGCGCUCCCCUCCCCGCUCCCCAUGUAGGAGGUGGCGGCGGGGGGUGUUGGCGGCAGGGAGGGCUGAGGCCGGGGUGAAUGGUGCGAGGGAGCGGGCGCUGAGAAAGUUUGAAGUUUUGGGGGUUUUGGAGGAUUUCCCCCCCCCUUCCCCUCUCUGGAGCACAGUGGAGGAGGAAUGCCAAACCCGGAGAGACAUGGGGGCAAGAAGGAUGGGGGCGGCGGGGGGUCCUCGCAGCACGCGCCUGGCAGCGGGAGUUCGAACAGCAAGGAGAGGCACCGGCUGGCCUCCAGGCACAAGAGGCAUAAGUCCAGGCACUCCAAGGAGUCACCGCUGGCAGCCCAGGAGACGGCGGCACCCUUGGGUGCGAUGAUCAAGCCGCUGGUGGAGUAUGAUGACAUCAGUUCGGAUUCGGAUACCUUCUCGGAUGAUGUGGCCCUCAAGCUGGACAGGAGGGAGAACGAGGAAAGGAAAGCGGACAGGAGCGAGAGGAUACAGAAGCACCGGCACCACCAGCACAAGCGCAUUCGUGAGCUGAUGAAGAGCAAACAGGCAGAAAAAGAGAGGAAGUUAGAAAAGAGCCUGGACGCAUCUAGCAGGUCCGGGUCCACCAAGGAGAGACUGUCAGGAUCCUCCAAGAGAUUCCUUGAAAGCGAGGAGCACCCGAAGUCACUGUCCUCAAAGAGUAGCAACAAGGAGUCUCGGUCAGCCAAAGCGCACAAGGAGAAAUCCAGGAAGGAUCGGGAGCUCAAGUCCAGCCACAAAGAGCGCAGUAAAAGCCAUCGGAAAAGGGAUGCUCCAAAAAGUUACAAAACAAUUGACAGCCCUAAACGGAAAUCCAGAAGCCCUCACAGAAAAUGGUCCGACAGCCCUAAAUUGGACGACAGCCCCUCAGGAGCCUCCUACAUCCAGGAGUACGAUCUCAGCCCUCCCCGCUCUCACACAUCCAGUAACUACGAUCCCUACAGGAAGAGCCCUGGCGGCUCCUCGCGCCGGCAGUCGAUCAGCCCACCCUACAAGGAGCCCGUGGCCUACCAGUCGAACACGCGCUCUCCCAGCCCUUACAGCCGGCGACAGAGGUCCAUAAGCCCCUAUGCCAGGAGGCGCUCCUCCAGCUACGAGAGAGGCAGCGGGUCAUACAGCGGGAGGUCGCCCAGCCCUUACAGCCGACGGCGCUCGAGCAGCCCUUUCGCUGCGAAGCGCUCUGUGAGCCGAAGCCCCAUCGCCAGGAAGUCUGUGAAGUCCCGAAGCCGAAGUCCUGGGUACUCAAGACACUCAUCAUCUCACAGUAAAAAGCAGAGGUCUGGGUCACGCAGUCGCCAUUCCAGUAUAUCACCGACAAGGCUACCACUGAACUCCAGUCUGGGAGCAGAACUCAGCAGGAAGAAGAAGGAGCGAGCGGCGGCAGCAGCAGCUGCAGCCAAGGUGGAUGGGAAGGAGGCAAAGGGCUCACCUGUUUUCCUGUCUAGAAAGGAGAACAGCUUAGCUGAACUUAAGGAGUCUGGAACAGAAUCGAAAAAGGCUAUCAAAACUGUUAAAUCUGAAAAAUCGUCUUCGGAUACAGAAUUAGUUAAUUUACUGCAUACAAAUGCAGAGACUAAAGCCCCUGCAGAGACGACAAAAAUCAAGGCAGAGGAGAACUCUGAGAGGAAACAUCCUGUUCCAGUUAGAGAUUCAAAACAGACGGGAACAAAAGACUUGAAGCCUGUAGCAGUGGUAGAGGACCUCCUAUCUCCAAAAGAGACAGAGGCAGCAGAGAAGGAGAUUCCACCCCCUCUACCCUCACUAAAAUCACCUCCUCCGCCUCUGCCGACAACCACACCACCGCCUCCAACUCCGCCGUUGCCGCCUUUGCCUCCAUCACCUGCUGUUCCGCCUUUGCCGCCAUCCCAACUGACUCCCGUUCAGGUCCCUACUUCAGCCCCAACGUCUUUGCCAUCUUCUUCCCACCCAAGGACGUCUACUUUAUCCUCUCAGGUGAACUCUCAGUCCUCUGUCCAAGUCGCUACAAAAACACAAGUGUCUGUGACGGCUGCUAUCCCACACCUGAAAACUUCAACGUUGCCUCCGCUUCCGCUCCCCCCUAUUUUAGUUGGGGAAGAUGACUUGGAUAGUCCAAAAGAGAUUCUUCCUCCAAAACCUGUGAAGAAAGAUAGAGAGCAGAGACCACGACACUUACUCACGGACCUCCCGCUCCCUCCAGAGCUCCCUGGAGGGGAUCCAUCUCCUCCUGACUCCCCGGAACCAAAGGCAGCCACACCACCUCAGCAACCGUUCAAAAAGAGACCAAAAAUCUGUUGUCCUCGGUAUGGGGAAAGGAGACAGACGGAAAGCGACUGGGGGAAGCGUUGCGUGGACAAGUUUGAUAUCAUUGGGAUUAUUGGAGAAGGGACGUACGGGCAGGUGUACAAAGCCAAGGACAAGGAUACAGGUGAAUUGGUGGCUCUCAAGAAGGUGCGACUGGACAACGAAAAGGAAGGCUUCCCCAUCACGGCCAUCCGUGAGAUCAAAAUCCUUCGGCAGCUGAUCCACCGCAGUGUUGUUAACAUGAAGGAAAUUGUCACGGACAAACAAGAUGCACUGGAUUUCAAGAAGGACAAAGGUGCCUUUUACCUUGUGUUUGAGUACAUGGACCAUGACCUAAUGGGGCUGCUAGAAUCUGGCUUGGUACAUUUCUCAGAGGACCAUAUCAAGUCUUUCAUGAAACAGUUAAUGGAGGGUCUGGAUUACUGUCACAAAAAGAAUUUCCUUCAUCGAGAUAUCAAGUGCUCCAACAUCUUAUUGAACAACAGUGGGCAAAUCAAACUUGCAGAUUUUGGACUCGCCCGGCUCUACAGCUCAGAGGAGAGCCGUCCAUACACAAAUAAAGUCAUUACCUUAUGGUAUCGACCUCCAGAAUUGCUGCUAGGUGAGGAGCGUUACACACCCGCCAUAGAUGUGUGGAGCUGUGGCUGUAUCCUCGGGGAACUGUUUACAAAGAAGCCUAUUUUUCAAGCCAAUCUGGAACUGGCUCAGCUUGAAUUAAUCAGCCGGCUCUGUGGGAGCCCCUGUCCAGCGGUGUGGCCAGAUGUCAUCAAGUUGCCCUACUUCAACACUAUGAAACCGAAGAAGCAAUACCGAAGGCGCCUGCGUGAGGAGUUCUCCUUCAUUCCUUCGUCUGCUCUCGACCUGCUGGACCACAUGCUGACGCUGGACCCUGGCAAGCGCUGCACGGCAGAACAGGCCCUGCAGAGUGACUUCCUUAAGGAUGUUGACCUCAGCAAAAUGGCACCUCCAGACCUUCCGCACUGGCAGGAUUGCCAUGAGCUGUGGAGCAAGAAACGCCGACGGCAGCGGCAAAGCGGGAUUGCAGUGGAGGAGCCACCGUUAUCAAAAGUUUCUCGGAAAGAAACUACCUCUGUUACAAGCACAGACACUGUCAAAAACAACAGCAGUCCUGUGCACCCACAGCCUGCCCAGCUCAAAACAGAGUCUGGUGCUGGAGACACAGUAGGCCUUGGAGAAAUCACCCAGCAGCUGAAUCAGAGUGAACUAGCUGUUUUACUGAACUUGCUGCAGAGCCAGACUGAUCUGAGUGUCCCACAGAUGGCCCAGCUGUUGAACGUACACUCUAACCCAGAGAUGCAGCAACAGCUGGAGGCUCUCAACCAGUCCAUCAACGCUCUGACAGAAGCCACAACUCAGCAGCACGAGUCUCAGGCGGCGGCGGCAGCAACAGAGGAAGCCAUAGAAGAGCCACCCGUGGAGGCCCAGCUACCAGAGGAGCAGGCGACUCCAGAAACAGCCAGCGCUCAGGGAGAUAUGCAGAACGUGCUGGCCGUUCUGCUGAGUCAGCUGAUGAAGAGCCAGGAGCCUGUUGUAACCCUGGAGGAGAGCAACGGGGAGAAGAGCAGCGAGCAACGGGGGCCAAGGAAAACCCCUACAAUGCAUCCGGAGGAAAGUACAGCAUGUCCUCCUCGCAUUCUCCCACCAGAGAAGAGACCCCCCGAGCCCCCCGGACCGCCACCGCCGCCGCCUCUGUCCGAAGGCGAUCUCUCCAGCGCAGCCCAAGAGUUGAACCCGGCCGUGACGGCUGCGCUGCUGCAGCUCUUUUCCCAGCAAGAAGCGGAGUCGCUCGGCCACGCGACGCACGAACACCAAGCCUCGAGAGCCGCGGACUAUGGCAGGUCCCACUCCUCCAGGACUUACAGCACCGAGGGCUCAGAGGGGGGAUUUGGUGCCGAGGAGCUGAAUUCGGGCCAGACGCUACUAGAACCCUCUGCGCAGCCUCUGGGGAAAAGCAGGACCUUCUUGGGCUCCGUGAGCCACCUUGGGGAGACGAGUAAUUACCAGGGCACAGGAUCUGUCCAGUUUCCAGGGGACCAGGACCUCCGCUUCGCCAGAGUCCCCGUCGCCAUACACUCGGUCGGGCAAUCUUUCACGAAAGCCGAGGGGAGCAACAACACGCUGGUACAUCCAGAGGCCAAAAUACAAAACUACGGCGAGCUGGGAGCGGGGAGCGCCGGUUCCAGCGGGGCAGGAACAGGUCACAGCUGGGGUGCCCCGACCCAAGCGACUUCUUCUUACGGGAAGGCGUACCGUGGGCCUGGCAGAGUGCCUCCGCGGGGCGGACGGGGGAGAGGGGUUCCGUACUGAGCGCUGCGCCUUUCGCGCCGGUCCUCCCCUCCCUCGCCUCUCCACCUUUAGCGACAUGACUUUUUUGUUUUUUUGUUUUGUUUUGUGGUUUGUUUUUUUUUUUGCCAGAGCAAGGUCUUGUCCGCAUUUCAGCUGCUGCAAAGCUCCCUGUUGUAUUCCAUGCUAAGGCUGCGAGCGGGCGCCCCGUGACUUUACUGUAGGGUCCCCGCUCGGGUGCCUCGCUGGCCAAAACCUCUCGCGCUUGGUUAGUGACAAAAAAAAACCCACAAAAAAAAAAAAAACCCCAACCCCUACCCCAAAGAGUGGUGAGGUUUCUGCCCUGAGCCGGGGUGGGGUGGGGGGGUUGGGAAUUGUUUAAAAUUAAGGGGAAUGAAACAAACCCAACCACGUGGGAAGAAGGAAAUAAAAAAAGAAAUGUUUCACAAGCUGGAGGCAGGCGCUUCGCGGCGGGGGAAGCGCCGGGUGCUGUUCAGGUAGGGCUGCGGGAGAGUCGGGUUCCCAAAGCAAUUUCUUUAGGUUUGGUUGUUGGUUUUUUUUUAACCCCACUCCCCUUUAAAAAAAAUAAAAAUUAAAAAAAAGAAAGAAAUGGGAAUAUAGUGAUGGAUCCCUUGUCCCGGCUGUGGCGACCCAGGACGUGGCACUGGCCGGUAUCAGCCUGUCUGUGGGCAGAAAGCGAUGUCAAAGCGUCCGGCCGCCCCCUCCGGCCCCGCGCCCUGCCCGGGCGGCUCCGGGCCCAGGUCCUGGCUCUUGCCCGGAGCCUGAGCAAAUUGGCUUUUGUGAAGGGUCUCUUUGGGUUUCGUGUCUCUCCCGCCGUAACUUUGCAGUGGGAAUAGUCUUUUUUAUUUCUUUUUUUUUUUUUUUCCCCCAAGAGCCGAAGCGAACACCUCACUUAGAAAUACGUACUUCUUUGUAAUUCGUAACUUCCAAAACACUUUAAGAAUUAAAGAAAAAAGGAGGAAAAAGAACCCAAACCCAACCUCCGGUGGGGAAUUGCCACCAGGUCGGAGCGUCUUUCGUCCCCGGCAGCCUUCUGGGCUGGCGGUGCGUGUCCCGACGGGCUCGGUCGGGCUCCCCAGCCGCACUACGCUGCGGCGUCCCAGGUGUUAAUGUAUCAUUUCUAUAAGCAUAUAUAUUUUUGUUGUUGUCGAGGAAGUAUUUACGAUGAAUUUUCUCCUCCCGCAGAAAGUUGCGAUGUUGUCCAUUUCAAUGAGACUUAAAAGAGAUGAAUAAAACAAAGGUACAUAUUUAUGAGCUUUUUUUUCCGAGUAGGCCUUUCCUAUGGAAAACGUACGGUGGUUCUUUGGAUUUUUUUAGAGACGAGUGUUCUGAAGUGUUAAACGGGUGGGAGCCCGGGGGGCGAGAGACCUUCUUGCUACUACCAGGAUUUGAUUUAAUUUCUUUUUAUACAGCGAGAUAAAUUUAAAAAGAAAUAAUAACAAAAAAUAAAAGCACCUGACUAGGCGGUGCUUCUCGAACUGGGGAAAAGCUGCCUUACGCAGCCAGAGCCGCGGCUGCACCCGGCAGCUUUGCCGCGGGAGGAAGGAGGGGAGAGGGAAUAAAUACAUAUACACACACAGAGCGGUGGUAACGUGCGAGGCCCCAGCUCUGGUAGCGCUGAGUCAGCACCGAGGAGCGACACCCUUUGCGAAAUUCCAAGUGUAAAUUUGGUUGGGUUUUGGUUUUUGGUUUUAAUUGUGCAGGAGGGGGAAAAAAAAGGCGGCGUUCUGUAAGAGGGAGAGUGCACUAAAUAAACCAGUCGCCUCUUGAGGGGUGUUUUAAUUUCUAUAUAUUCUUUUUCUUCCCACCGUGCAGCCGCCAGCUCUGGUCCGUGGUGGAGCUUUUGUUGCUGUUGUUCUGGCUGUUCUUCCUGAACCCAUCCAAUUUGGAAGGGAAAGUCGUGUUCCAGUGCUGAAUCCUCUUAGGAAGCCGAUGCCCGUUUAUUGUCUUUCCAAAUUGGCAGAUCCCCAGGAAAGGCUGCCGAGGAGCCGAGCGGUCCCUACGCCACCGCCGCAAGCCUGGCCUUCUCGCAGGCUCUGCCUGCUCCGCGGAGCCGGUGCCCCCCCAGCCUCGGGCUCCCGGCCGUAGGCGCAGUUUAGGGAGGCCUGUCCCAGUUUUUGCAACAGCAGAGCCGGUGCCGGUGCUGCCGGCUCCCUCCGGUGCUGCCGGCCCCGCGGGGACGCUUCUCUGGCACCGGUUCGUUUUGCAGCAGGGGCUGAAAAUGCGCUGAGGACCUCAGAGGUGACAGCGACUGCGAGGGUGGGCUCCUGCCCCUCUGUCCCACCUCGAGCAAGAGACAGACAGGCUUCUGUCCCUUGCUCGGGGGCCUGUGCCGACUGUCCCCGCAGGGCCGGGAGGUGCCGGGGGGAAGGUGGUUUUCACCGUUCCCUCGUCCGUGCCCGCUGACCACCCGGGGGGGUUGGGCAGAGCCCCAGCGCUGCCAGGGGCCGGCGCUCCCUCUCCAGUGGCUUUUCUUGACUGGUCCCAGUAAAAGGCUGUCAAUCCCUGCAAGGAUGAAGAGCGCACGCGGGGGCCAGGGGGACCCAGCCUGGCCCUGGUCACAGGGCUGGGGGGCCCUUCCAGCCCCUCCCCACCCUCCCAGCAGCUCCUCUUCUUUUUUUUUUUUUGGUGGUUUUGUUUUGUUUUGUUUUUUUUAAGGGUCUGUGCAAAGAAGACAAAAGGAUUUACUGGGGCGGGGCGGGGGGGAGAAACUGUGCAUUACAAGGAUUUAAAAUGUGGUGCAGGUUACAGACAAGUCAUUAGAUGGCAAUUCGCCCCUCCUUUCUUCCUCCACACAGAUCGGUUUUGGGUUUAAUGCCAAUGUCUAACACGCUGUAGCCAGUUACCCGGCAGAGAAGCGUCUGGUAAGGCUCUCGCUGUACCUCUCCUGAGUUUCGUUUUGAGACUGAGCGCGCCUAUUUUUGGUUGUACCUUUGUCUCUGUACAGAUAUUUUGUAAUAUAUUAAAUUUUUUCUUUUCAGUUUAUAAAAAUGGAAAGUGGAGAUUGGAAAAUUAAAUAUUUCCUGUUACUGUA